AUGGGCGCUAGCUGUCUUACUGAUACAGGGCAUGAAAUGGGCUCUAUCUCUCUUACUGAUACAGCGCAUGAAAUGGGCGCUAGCUCUCUUACUGAUACAGGGCAUGAAAUGGGCACUAGCACUCUUACUGAUACAGGGCAUGAAAUGGGCUCUAGCUCUCUUACUGAUACAGGGCAUGAAAUGGGCUCUUUCUCUCUUACUGAUACAGGGCAUGAAAUGGGCUCUAGCUCUCUUACUGAUACAGGGCAUGAAGUGGGCUCUAUCUCUCUUACUGAUCCAGGGCAUGAAAUGGGCUCUAUCUCUCUUACUGAUACAGGGCAUGAAAUGGGCUCUAUUUCUCUUACUGAUACAGGGCAUGAAAUGGGCUCUAUCACUCUUACUGAUACAGGGCAUGAAAUGGGCUCUAUCUCUCUUACUGAUACAGGGCAAGAAAUGGGCUCUAUCUCUCUUACUGAUACAGGGCAUACAAUGGGCGCUAGCUCUCUUACUGAUACAGGGCAUGAAAUGGGCUCUAUCUCUCUUACUGAUACAGGGCAAGAAAUGGGCUCUAUCUCUCUUACUGAUACAGGGCAUACAAUGGGUGCUAGCUCUCUUACUGAUACAGGGCAUGAAAUGGGAUCUAUAUCUCUUACUGAUACAGGGCAUGAAAUGGGAUCUAUCUCUCUUACUGAUACAGGGCAUGAAAUGGGCUCUAGUUCUCUUACUGAUACAGGACAUGAAAUGGCCUCCGGCUCUCUUACUGAUACAGGGCAUGAAAUGGGCUCUAGCUCUCUUACUGAUACAGGGCAUGAAAUGAGCUCUAUCUCUCUUACUAAUACAGGGCAUUAA